AUGUUGACGACCCGUCAGACGAAGCACACAGUCUGCGCGGCACGGCCGGUGCUUCGCGUACUCGGGUCUACCCCCGCCAGCCAGCCCGGCACCACAAUCAGGGACCUGUGCCUGCACCACUGCUCCUCCGACUCGCACGUCGUCGACGCUUUCCUCGGCCGCUGGCCCUUCGACUCGCUGCUGUGGCGCCAUCUCUACCUGUCCAUGCAGCCCCUCGUCCUGCUCUUCCGCAACGCCGUCGCCCGCGACAUCUUCGCAAAGGACUGCAUGAUGAUGCGCCACGGCUGCCACACCUUUCCCAUAUGCGGCCUCCUGCUCCAGGCCACCCAGGCCUUUGCCUGGGCCGUCGACCAGCCCUUGCCGGACGAGGCCCGCCCCUACCUCGAGGGCUGGACCAGGGAGGAGUUCACCCCCGGCGACUUGCCCGUCAGCUUCGCCUUGCCGCAGCAAGACGACAUCAAGGACCUGAUGACGGCCGCCCGCGGCGACUCCGCCAACGAGGACGAGCUCGGCUCCCUGAUGCAGAGGUGGGCGCUCGAGUAG